GGAGGAGGAGGAGGAGGAGGAGGAGGAGGCGGCUCAGGGCAAUCGAGAAGCGAGCCGGAGCGCGGGGCGCGAGUCGAGGAGCCCAGCCGAGCCGCCGCCGCCUCCCCGCCUUCAGUGAGAGCCCCGGCCGGGGGCUCGCCACAACGCGCCCGGGCCUGCCUCGGCGUCAGGCCCCGCGGGCAGUGCCAGGCAGCCAGGGGGAGGGCGAGCGAGUGAGCGCCGGGAGGAGGCGGCCGGAGCAAGCGGGCGCCGCGCGUGUGGCGUGAGGGGAAGCCGCUGGCCGCCCCCUUGGCCGUCCCUUCGCUCCCCCUCCCCGCUCCCCGCCCCGACCGCGGAGGGCACCAUGUCUGCGCCGACGGCCAAAGCCAGUAAAAAGGAGCUCAACUCCAAUCACGACGGGGCCGACGAGACCUCAGAAAAAGAACAGCAAGAAGCAAUUGAACAUAUUGAUGAAGUACAAAAUGAAAUAGACAGACUUAAUGAACAAGCCAGUGAGGAAAUUUUGAAAGUAGAACAAAAAUAUAACAAACUCCGCCAACCAUUUUUUCAGAAGAGGUCAGAAUUGAUCGCCAAAAUCCCAAAUUUUUGGGUAACAACAUUUGUCAACCAUCCACAAGUGUCUGCACUGCUUGGGGAGGAAGAUGAGGAGGCUCUGCAUUAUUUGACCAGAGUUGAAGUGACAGAAUUUGAAGACAUUAAAUCAGGUUACAGAAUAGACUUUUAUUUUGAUGAAAAUCCUUACUUUGAAAAUAAAGUUCUCUCCAAAGAAUUUCAUCUGAAUGAGAGUGGUGACCCGUCUUCAAAGUCCACCGAAAUCAAAUGGAAAUCUGGAAAGGAUUUGACAAAACGCUCAAGUCAAACGCAGAAUAAGGCCAGCAGGAAGAGGCAGCACGAAGAGCCAGAGAGCUUCUUUACCUGGUUUACCGACCAUUCUGACGCAGGUGCUGACGAGUUAGGAGAGGUCAUCAAAGAUGAUAUUUGGCCAAAUCCCUUGCAGUACUAUUUGGUUCCUGAUAUGGAUGAUGAAGAAGGAGAGGCAGAAGAUGAUGAUGAUGAUGACGAAGAGGAGGAAGGGUUGGAAGAUAUUGAUGAAGAAGGAGAUGAAGAUGAAGGUGAAGAAGACGACGAUGAGGAUGAAGGGGAGGAAGGAGAGGAGGAUGAAGGCGAGGAUGACUAGCACAGAAGAUUGAUGGAUUCCAACCUUCUUUUUUAUUUUCUUUUUAUUUUUUAAUUUUCUUCAGUCCCUGGGAGCAAGUUGGUCCUUUCCCCCCUGUCCCUCUGUGCUCAGUCGCCCUGUUUUUGAGGUCUCAACAUCAUGGUUCUCAACUAAUUUGGGGGAAAAUAUCUUGAGCAAAAUACAACAGGAAAAGAAUCUCCAUGUUUCUGUUCUAAAUUAAUUUUUAUCCUUUCUUGUCUCAAAUUUGUGGAUUCAACACCACCACCAUGCUCUGUGGGAAAGAAGAAAAGCCCGCCAGUUCUCUAGCUCUGCUGGAGGCCGGAGGGUGCUAGGCCCUGUGUAGUAGUGCAUAGAAUUCUAGCUUAUUUCUUUUCUCUGUAUAUUGGGCUCAGAGAUUACACUGUGUCUCUAUGUGAAUACAGACAGUUAGCAUUUACCAACAUG